AUGUCAUCCUCUGAUACUACCAGCAUCGUCAGGCCGUUGAGCCCAUCAGCGAUGGAGACGUCAAUUCCAGAGCAUGAUCCGGAAGCAACACUCCUUGAGAUGGAGGACAUGGGGCAUGACAUGGCACCAGAUGAGGAUACUCUAGCAAUAUUCCUAGAGAUGGGGAACAUGACUCAAGCAAUACACCUAGAGAUGGAGGACACGGCGCGUGACAUUGUACCGGAGCAGGAAUUUGGAGUGUUGCUCCUUCAGAUGGAGGACAUGGUGCAAGACAUGAGUGACAUGCUAUUGGAAGCGGCGACAAUGCAGGAAACAAAGUCCUUUCUCGAUGCGGCCAUUGGUUUUCAGAAGACCGGUGCAAACACUGUAAAGGGCAUCUCGCGGGGUCGUUAA